AUGAAAUGCCUCUUGCUCUUUCUCCUUCUCGGCCCUUUCCUUGCCAUCGUCGGGGCCCAGCAGGCUCCUUUCUUAGGCAACUCCCCGCCGAAUCAAUCGCAAUCACGAUCGAGCCAACCAGCGCCAUCUCAGUCCAGUCAGUCGCCAUCCCAGUCCAGUCAACCGGCAUUUCAGUCCAGUCAAUCGCCAUCUCGCUCCAGUCAAUUGCAAUCUCAGUCCAGUCAAUCGCCAUCCCAGUCAAAUCAAUUGCCAUCUCAAUCCAGUCAACCGCAACCCCAAUCGAGUUCGCAACCCAGCAAAUACGUGGUCGCACACUUCAUGGUCGGCAACACUUACCCAUAUACGACAUCGGACUGGGUUCAAGACAUCGCUGCUGCCGCAUCAAGAGGGAUAGAUGGAUUUGCCCUCAAUGUGGGAGGCGACCCGUGGCAACCUGCGAGGCUGGCUGCGGCCUACGAUGCGGCAAAGAGAUUCGCUCCAUCCAUCAACUUCAAGCUCUUUAUCUCGCUCGACAUGACAUCGAUUCCUUGCGCAACCACAAACCAUGCAAACCAACUGCGCAACUUCUAUGAACCAUUUCGCAACCAUCCCAAUCAGCUGAACUAUAAUGGGCGACCGCUGUUAUCAACUUUCUCCGGGGAAUGGUGUAGGUUCGGCAUGGGAAACCUCAAUGACGCCUGGAACUAUGUGCUCAAAAGUAAUGGAGCCCUUCCUGUCCAUUUCGUUGCCUCGUUCUUCGUCGAUCCUGCAAACUUUCGGGGUAUGUCGUUUCUUGAUGGCGCUUUCAAUCUAAACGGACGGACUUACAUGGCAGCAGUGUCGCCCUGGUUCUUCACGCAUUAUGGGACAGACAGUUGGAAUAAGAACUGGAUCUAUCGAUGCGACGACUUUCACUUUGCGCAACGUUGGGAGCUCAUAGUACAAAACCGAAAUUUGACUGCAAUCGCACAAGUCAUUAGCUGGAACGACUACGGCGAAUCGCAUUACGUUGGACCGAUUCAUGGUGCACAACCUAAUUCACAAGCAUGGGUCAAUGGCUUCGACCACCAAGGCUGGCUUGAUCUCCAAACCUACUAUAUCACCGCGUUCAAAACUGGUCAAUAUCCACCGAUAACCCGCGAUCGUGUUUUCCUCUGGGCAAGGCUGUACCCCGCAAACGCAAACGCGCAGGAUCGUGUCGGUCGUCCGGACAACUGGCAAUGGACGAAGGAUAUACUCUGGGGUGUGGCGAUGUUGACUGCUCCAGCGCAGCUCACGGCUACUUGCGGUUCAUCUAGGUUGUCGACUACCUUACCCGCUGGUUUAUCCAAGUUCCAGCUUCCACUCGUCAGCACUUGCAAUGUUGUCGUCACUCUCGCCCGCAGCAAUUCUGUCUUUAUCAACUUCGCGCCGUCUGGUUUCACUUUUAGGACUGAUCCUCCGUCGUAUAACUUCAACGCUUUUGUUGCUGCAUCGUAA